AUGAAGGCCCUUACAACUAUUUGCGCUCUUGCAGGGUUAUCUGCUGCUAGGGUUGCUGAAGGUACAGUAUCAGAUGACGCUCCCUUGGUUGUUAUUUACUACGAGAAUUGGGCAGGCUGGGUCCGUGGAUUUGGCCCUUCUACCAUAGACCAGAACAUAUUGUCUAGAGAUAUGCCGGUGAGAAACUUCGUGUUGAACUACUCGUUCUGGAGCUGGAAUCCUGAAGAGUGUUCCAUUCAACCGGUGGAUACCGUUGACCUUUGUAAAGAAGAUCCCAAGGGAUGGACUGACAACGAUUGGAACUUGGAUUCCCAGGAGUCGUGGGAGACUAGUAAGCCCGCAGGUGGUAUUUUGCCUGCCUUCAUGAUGCUGAAGGCUAAGUAUCCCUACAUCAAGCUUAUGCCCUCCGUUGGAGGCUGGUCCAGGUCGGGGACUUACCAUGAUUGCCUAAUCAACAAGCCUGAAGUCAUGCUCCAAUCUGUUAUCGAUUUCGUUACUGUGUACGGAUGGGAUGGUGUUGACUUUGACUGGGAGUAUCCCAACUGCGAUGGAGCUCCAUGUGGAUGCCAGGGGGAAGCCGUGUGCAAGCCGGAGACCGGUCUGUCCAACAAGGGCGGUGCCGGAGACUGGGAUCGAUACAAGGAUUUCACCACACAACUUCGUGCGAAGUUUAAUGAGCUGGAAGAUCAACUAGGCCGCCGCUUGUACAUGACAGCUGCUCUUGGAAUGAACCCGAAGAUCAUUGACGGCAACAACGAUGUUUGGAGCACGCCCAUGCCUGUUGAAUUCUUCUGUGACGAAGACGUGUUCGAUUGGGUAAACUUGAUGACGUACGAUUUCUUUGGGCCGUGGGCGGCUAUUACGGGGCCACUGGCGCCGCUCUACCCUAACCCGAGCGCCCCGGCGGACCAGAUGUCUAUUCAGGCGUCUGUUGAGAAGGUUUUGGCUCGCUGCUCGAAGCCGUACAAGCUCACGAUGGGACUGGCUACUUAUGGUAAGUCGUGGCAAGGAGUUCCGAAGACGGGUGACGUACCUGGCUUAUGGCAGAGUUCCACUGCCACCACCUACCCUGCGGGAGGUACUUGGGAGCUUGGCACAGUGUCCUGGUUCGAUCUGCUCCACAAUGUUGUUCCGGCUUGCACGCGUACGUGGGACGACGUGUCCAAAACCCCUACGCUUUAUUGUGACACGAUGCCAAGCGGUGGUUCGAUCCCCUAUGACACGGCUACCGGCCCUGUUGACAGGUCUCAGCAGAAUGUGUUCAUUACUUACGAGGAUGCUGAGUCUUGGAAGUACAAGAUGGAAUGGGCUAGGAGCAAGGGAAUGGCCGGAGCCAUCAUCUGGGCCGCCUCCGAUGUGGGAAGCGGAGAAUCGUGGGGUCCGGACUCAACUGCCGAGCUGUUCGCAGGCUUGUUUGAAGGCUGGAAUGGAUCCCCCGUCACUAUAGGGGCUUCGAAGCAGAAUAGCUACUCCUUCUCUCCGAUCACCAAAUGGGCGUCGUACCCGUGUCCCUUGAUUCCCAACCUGUACAUUAGCAGCGACCAGCCCAUUGAUGUGUCAAGAUGCGCGGGUCAGUCCUACCCUGCUUCAGGAACGUAUCUGAAAGCUAGCGGCUCCGGGACCCAAAGUCAGAUUGGCCAAAACAAGAUGAUGAUCCAUCCCAUUUCUGGAAGCUCGAACAACCCUCCCACUCCUACACCUGUUACAACCACUCCGUAUCAGCCUCCCGUUACGACGCCCGCCCCCGUCGCUCCUACUACCACUCCCUACCAGCCGCCAGCGAUAGUCACGACGGCCGCCCCAAUGGUUCCUACUACUACACCGGCUCCCGUUCCUGCUACCACGCCGGCUCCCGUUCCUGCUACCACACCGGCGAGUGGUAACGGUGGUGGAGACGCCGUAUCCGGUUGCCAGAACUUAUUGACUUCGGAAUCCCAAUGGGUCGAUACGUGCAAAGGGUACUGUGCUUCCUAUGGCCCUGGAGGUGAACUGGCUCCCUGGUGUCCUGGAGCGUCCACGGCAGAUGCAUUGGCUCAGUGUGUCAUCGGCCAGCAGACAUUCUGCAGACUCGGUUAUUUAAACAAUUUGACGGAAGCACGUGUGUUGAAGGGACAAUCGGAGUACUCAUCAUCCGGAUGA